AGUUCUCAGGCAAACCCUUCCAAAAGGUAAGAAUAAGCAAGAAGAAAUGGAAGCAGAAAAAAGCUUCAACUAUGCCAUGCAACUGGUGAACUCUAGUGUGCUAUCCAUGGCCAUGCACUCAGCCAUAGAGCUUGGCAUUUUCGACAUCAUGGGCAAAGCAGGUGUAGAUGCCAAACUAUCUGCCAAGGACAUUGUAGCUCAACUUCCAUGCAAGAAUUCAGAAGCAGUCACAAUGUUGGAUCGUAUCCUAAGGCUUUUAGCAAGUCACUCCAUCAUUGAUUGCACAGUAGUUGAUGAUCAACAGGGUCCUCCUCCACAUUUGCAACGCCUCUAUGGCAUGAACACUGUGUCCAAAUACUUUGCUUGCAUUGAUGCUGCUGGCUCACUAGGUCCUUUGAUGGUGUUGACUCAGGACAAGGCCAUCCUUCAAAGUUGGUACCAAGGGAAAGAUGCAAUUCUGGAAGGAGGUAUUCCAUUCAACAGGGUCCAUGGCAAACACUUGUUUGAGUAUUCUUACUCGAACUCAAGCUUCAAUCAGCUCUUCAUGGCUGCAAUGACCAACCGUGCGACUUUAAUUAUGAAAAAGAUUGUUGAAUCCUACAAAGGGUUUGAGAACACCAAAAGGCUGGUGGACGUUGGAGGUGGCCUUGGGGUCACUCUUAACAUAAUCACUUCUAAAUACCCUCACAUUAAGGGCAUCAAUUUUGACUUGCCUCAUGUCAUAGAACAUGCCUCUCCCUACCCUGGUGUGGAGCAUGUGGGAGGAGAUAUGUUUGAGAGUGUGCCAGAAGGAGAUGCCAUUUUGAUGAUGUGUGUGCUUCAUGAUUGGAGUGAUGAGUGGUGCUUGAAGGUGUUGAAGAACUGCUAUGGUGCAAUUCCUAAAGAUGGGAAGGUGAUUGUUGUGGAUGGAGUUCUUCCAUUUGAGCCCAAGACAACAGGUGAAGUGAAGAGCAUUUCCCAAUUCGAUGUUCUAAUGAUGACUACAAAUCCAGGAGGGAAGGAGCGAAGUGAAGAGGAAUUCAUGGCAUUGGCAAAAGGAGGUGGAUUCAGUGGCAUUAGAUAUACAUGCUCUGUCUGUGAUGUUUGGAUUAUGGAAUUCUUCAAGUAGAUUUUAUAUGUCCCA